AUGUCUGCGCCAGACCCCAAAAAACGAGACACGCUAGUCUCGAAAGCACUCUCAUAUCUCCUUCGCCACGGCGCUCAAAAAGAGAAGCUUCCAAUAGAUCUGCUGGGCUGGGUUCCUGUGGAUGCGAUUCUCUCCAACAAUCGCCUCAAGACUCAUAAGGCAACAUUUGCAGAUCUCCAGAGAAUCGUUGAAAAUAACGAAAAACAGCGUUUUCGCCUCAAACAGGACGGGAAAAUAUGGCUCAUUUGUGCUAAUCAGGGCCACACUCUCAAAACCAUAGUACCUGAGCUCAUGCGUUUAGAAAAGAGCACUAUGCCAUCAGAGGUCUACCACGGCACGUACAAACAGAAACUAGCCAGUAUCCUAGAAACCGGGCUCAGCCGCAUGGCCCGAAACCACAUCCAUCUCACGUCAAAUGCUCCAUGGAGCAAGCUGGGAAUCCGUACAUCUUGCAACACGCUUCUUUACAUAGACACAGAUUUGUGUAUGGACGAUGGUUUCGAGUUCUGGCGGAGUGCCAAUGGCGUGAUUCUUUGCGAGGGGAACUCUGAUGGUGUGAUCCCACCCAAGUACUUCAAGAAGAUCGAGGCAGCGGGGGAUCAGGAAGUGUGA